AAGGUGUCAAUUACCAUGAUGUUAUCCUCUUACUUCAUUCACUUGUCGACGUUAUACAUACUCCUAUUUGGUUUCCUUGAGCAUGUGGUGCUUGCCAUUCCCAUUAACAACACGAAUUUCAUCAAUGCAACCAAUUCUCGGUGUUCAGAGUGCCUAAGAAUUGUCAGCCGAAAGGAAUGGAAUGCCAGGAAACAUCUCAAUUUCGAGAUCAUGCCAAUAAAACCAGCACCAUACGUAGUGGUCCAUCAUGGCGGUAUACCUAGGUAUUGUCGGGAUCAGGAGACGUGCUCUGAUAUCGUUAGAACCUAUCAAGAUUUGCAUCUGGAUCAGCGAGGCUGGUGGGACAUUGGAUAUAAUUUCGUCAUUGGCGAAGACGGUAACGUUUACGAGGGUCGCGGUUGGGAUUAUACUGGUGCACAUGCAGUUGAAUAUAAUACCCAGAGUAUUGGCAUAUGCAUCAUAGGAGACUUCACCGACUUUCUUCCGAACGAAGCCGCUCUGAAAGCGUUGAACAAGCUGAUAGCUUAUGGGGUUUUACUCGGCAAGAUAAAGAAGAACUACAACGUGAUUGGUCAUCGACAAGUGCGAGACACGGAAUGCCCAGGCGAAACUUUUUACAAGCUUGUAGUUAAUCUUCCCCGUUGGACUGCAAAUCCAAAACCUCACAUACGUCCGACCACCACAAUAAAGUCGAUAGAUAAUAUCGUAGAAGAAAACAACAAAGCGAAUGUUAUUCUAUUCAAAAUGUACGUCGCGACGACAUCAAUUUUCGUGACAGUUUAUGUAAUACUGAUCAUCCAGGAGACUGCUGCCAAUAGUCCAAAUAUCAUUUCUAGAACAGAAUGGGGCGCUAGAGAACCGAAAUCGCAAACUAAUCUUAAAUUAAAACCAGCACCUUAUGUGAUCAUUCAUCAUUCGGUUGGCUCCGGUUGCGAAACUCAAGCUGUAUGUCAAUUAAAAGUGAGACAGUUCCAGAAUGAGCACAUGAAUAAAAGAGGCUGGCCCGAUAUUGGCUAUAAUUUCCUAGUCGGUGAAGACGGAAACGUGUAUGAGGGUCGCGGAUGGGGUAAAAAAGGCGCUCAUUCUAUACCUUUCAAUAGCAAGAGUAUUGGAAUUUGCAUCAUCGGAGAUUACAGAAACCGAACACCAAAUGCAGCAGCGGUACAAACAGUGGCUAAUUUGAUUGCUUAUGGAGUAGAAAGUAACGAAAUAAAGAGUAAUUACAAGCUUCUUGGACAUCGACAAACCUGGUCAACCGAAUGUCCCGGAAAUAGUCUUUACACAAUGAUAAAGUCAUGGCCUCAUUGGUCGGAAAGUCAAUGAAUAAUAAUGUAUAUUGUUUUUAAUACGACAUGUAAUAAAAAUCUUUUUUAUUGGUCGCUAUUAGAACGAUCAUAAAUCAUGAUUGCGUAAUCAACAA